UCUCAGUUUUGGUGCAAUGGAGAAUGUGAAAGUCUUUAUUAUUGUUGUUUUUUCAGUUUUGGUGUUUGUUUUGGGUGUGGAAAGAGUGGAGGUGAAGGAGUUCCCACCCUGCAAUUUUAGAGCAGUUUAUAACUUUGGUGACUCUAAUUCUGAUACUGGUGGUGGAUCAGCUGCAUUUUGGAUAGCAGGGCCUCCAACUGGUGAGACUUUCUUCGGUAGGCCGGUUGGAAGGGGCUCUGACGGGCGUCUGAUAAUAGAUUUCAUCGCUGAGCACCUUGGGUUGCCUUACUUGAGUCCAUACCUGGAUUCCAUUGGAACAAGUUUUCGGCAUGGUGCUAAUUUUGCCAUUGGGGGAUCAACCAUUAGGCCACAAAAUGAAUCAAUGUCUUUAAAUGGAGUACCCCCAUUCUCACUUGACGUCCAGGUUGUACAAUAUGAUAAUUUCAAGGGUCGCACCAGCUAUUUCUACAGUCAAGCCAAGAGGAAAUCCGACCGCACAAAGCUCCCCAGACCUCAGGAUUUCUCCAAGGCUCUUUAUAUAUUUGAUAUUGGCCAAAAUGACAUUGCUGCUGGUUUGAGGAAGAAGAAUGACACAGAUUUUUAUGCAUCAGUUCCUGACAUAGUUGAUCAGCUAGCUAAAGCAGUCCAAAAUCUCUAUGAACAUGGGGCAAGGGCAUUUUGGAUGCAUAAUACUGGCCCAAUUGGUUGCUUACCUGUGAGUCUGCACUAUCAUGAUAUUAAGCCUGAGGAACUUGAUAAGCAGGGCUGUCUCAAAGCUCAAAAUGACUAUUCUAUGGAGUUCAAUAGGAAGCUUAAGGAUAGAGUAAUCAAACUUAGGGCAGAACUUCCGCAUGCGGCGGUUACUUAUGUGGAUAUUUACGCUGCAAAGUAUGAACUGAUUGGCAAUGCAAAAAAGCAAGGAUUCCUUGAUGCUGCAGAUAUUUGCUGCGGAUUUCAUGAAGAUGACAUUCAAGUGUAUUGUGGCCACAAACAAAACAUAAAUGGUACUGAAAUCUAUGCCGGUUCUUGUGAAAAUCCUUCCAACUAUAUCAGCUGGGAUGGUGUCCACUACAGUGAGGCUGCCAAUCGUUGGAUUGCUAAUCAUAUAAUCAAUGGUUCAUUUAGCGAUCCACCUCUGCCAAUUACACAAGCAUGCCAUAAAGCCUAUUCUUGAGUAAUUACUCCGACAGAUGUGUUCAUCAUACAAGAAAUUAAUUUGAGGACUGAUUUUCAAGGUCAUCUCUAGUUUUUCUCCUACUAAGAAAUUUAAUUAGUAUAAUGUUAUUUGGUUUUCAUUUUUCUG